AUUUCACUCAUAUGUAGUAUAAUUUGGCGCCUGGCAACCAGUGCACGUAGGCCACGUCACAAUGUUCCUGCCGCGCCGGCAUACCCUGCCAGCAGAUGAUUGCGACCCUCGCCACACCCGCCGCGGCUGUCGUCACGAACACAGGCUUCUUUCCCUUGACUACUUUGCCUUCGCGUUCUCUUGAAUACUUUGCCACACUCUUUUCCAUUCUCUCAUCCUAAGUUGCUUGCUGAGAGCACAACGACACUUCCACACCCCGCCUGCCGCCAUCAGACGUUGACUUGCACCUCGCCAAAACAGCACAGAAUACUUUCCUGAAGCAAACAUGUCUGUCUUCCACACCGAAGACUGUGGAGAUGGACGCCACUACCAUUUCCGCCGCAUCCAGACCACCGCGAUAAGGUUCAGAGUGAAGGCUGAGCACGAUGUUGCCAUCUGCCUCUCGCCCGUCAACGAGGAGGAGGAUGGGACAGAUCGCGACGCCUAUGAGGUGUUCAUUGGCUGCUGGGGAGGCGACGAGUCUGGCAUUCGGAGGCGAGGGAGUGGGGAGGACGUCGUCAAAGUCCACACUCCCGGAAUACUGGAAGGCGGGGAGGACUACCAGGCCUUCUGGAUCAAGAUUAAACACGGGAUGAUCAAGGUAGGGAAAUCAGGGAGGAAGGCAGCCUUCAUGACGUACAGUGACCCUUCAUCCCUCCUCCACUUCUCCUGGUAUGGCUACAGCACCGGGUGGGGAGCGGAGGGGGACUGGAUCUUUGCGGAUGAGGAAGAUACCUCCUCCUCAUCAUCAUCUGCUCUUUCCUCUUCCGAUUCCGAGGCUGAGGAAAUAAACGCUAUGGAAGAAAGACCCAUCCAGUACAAGCGGCCAGCUCGAUGGGUGCCCUCCUCGGGAGGAUACCUUCCCCACCGCCCUAUAUCUGGGGGCGAGGGACCUGACGGAGAGGUGUACGUUGGCAUGGCACGUCACGAAGACGCCUACGUGGUGGGUAUGGUGGUGCCCGAGCACGGCAGCUGCUACAUACCGUAUGGCGGUGAUGCUAUACCAAAGCAUGAGUAUUUUGUUCUAAGCAACCCUGCCAGCGUGAAUCUGACCUGGGAGCCUGGCAGUCAGGGCAAGGUGCCUCCCGGUGCCCUGCAGGGAGGCAUGUCUGAGGACGGCGAGGUGCUCUUCAUUGGCAGAGUGAACGUGGAUGGGGUGGUAUCCGUUGGCAAGGUCCACGGAAGUCACGGUGUGUGCUACGUGCCCUACGGAGGCUCCGAGCACUCCCACAAGAAUUAUGAGGUGCUCUGUGUGCGCUCGGUAACAGCGAGUGUGUAGCAUUCUCUCUCUCUCUCUCUCUCUCUCUCUCUCUCUCUCUCUCUCUCUUUCACGAACGCACGCCCAUGUGCACUCAUUCUAAUUCCUCCUUCCUUUAAAGCGUUUUUUUUUUUUUUUU